GACGAGAUCGAUUCGCAUGCUAUUAGAAAGGGGAGCACAAAUAAGCAUAUCGGGGGGUAAGUAUGGAAAUGCUUUGAACGCAGCCGUUAUCAGAGGUCACUGGGAUAUUGUCGAUAUCUUGCUUGGAAAGUGCAAAGAGCAAGGCUACCAGCUUAUUGAGAAUGGAGAUGAGGCCUGGCUUGGGAAAAUUCGACAGGAACAUGGCGAAGGUGCUGUGCAGAGGUGGGAGGCAUUUUGGAAAGUACAUGGGAAAAGGAUUGUAUAAGAGGUUGGUAAAUUGUAGUUCUUAUUGUUGACAUAUACCAAGCAAACAGCUCACAAUCAGAAGCUAUUAUACACAGA